CGGCGGACUCGGGGCCCUCGCUCAUGGCUUUCCUGAUGAAGAAGAAGAAAUUCAAGUUCCAGACCACUUUCACCCUGGAGGAGCUCACGGCCGUGCCCUUCGUCAACGGGGUGCUCUUCUGCAAGGUCCGGCUGCUGGACGGCGGGGACUUUGUCAGCCUGUCCUCCAGGGAGGAGGUGCAGGAGAACUGCGUGCGCUGGCGGAAACGCUUCACGUUCGUGUGCAAGAUGAGCGCCAACCCGGCCACCGGCCUGCUGGACCCCUGCAUCUUCCGGGUGUCUGUGCGCAAGGAGCUGAAAGGCGGGAAGGCUUACUCCAAGCUGGGCUUCGCGGACCUGAAUCUGGCGGAGUUCGCGGGCGCCGGCUGCACCGUGCGCUGCUGCCUGCUGGAAGGCUACGACACCAAGAACACGCGGCAGGACAACUCCAUCCUCAAGGUCACCAUCGGCAUGUUCCUGCUCUCGGGAGACCCCUGCUUCAAGACGCCACCGUCCACUGCCAAGUCCAUCUCCGUCCCGGGCCAGGACGCCUCGCUGCAACUGACAUGCAAGGGGGGCGGCACCAGCUCGCUGACAGGCUCCCGGCCCCCCAAGGCCCGGCCCACCAUCCUCAGCUCAGGGGUGUUGGAGGAGCCAGACCAGAACCUGUCCAGCCCGGAGGAGGUGUUCCACUCCGGCCACUCCCGCAGCUCCAGCUACGCCAGCCAGCAGUCCAAGACGUCCGGCUGCAGCGCCGAGCACUCGCACUCCUCCAGCCUGUCGGACCUGACGCAUCGCCGCAACACCUCCACCAGCAGCAGUGCCUCCGGUGGCCCCGGUGCCCCCGCGGACGUGCCCGACGGCGAGCGUGAGCACCGGCCCCCCGAGAAGCCGCCCCGGCCCCCGCGGCCCCCGCAUCUCUCCGACCGCUCCUUUCGGAGGAAGAAGGACUCGUCGGUGGAGAGCCACCCGCCGUGGGUGGACGACACACGCAUCGACGCGGACGACAUCGUGGACAAGAUCAUGCAGAGCCAGGACUUCACAGAGGGCAGCAACACGGAGGACAGCAACCUGCGUCUCUUCGUGAGCCGGGACGGCUCCACGACGCUGAGCGGCAUCCAACUGGCCAACAGGGUCUCCUCCGGGGUCUACGAGCCCGUCGUGAUUGAAAGCCAUUGAAGAGUGGGCUUCGGGACCCGUGGCCUGCCACGAGGGUCCUGCCUCUCUGGACGCCCACCCGCCGCAUCUCAUCCGUGCCUCUCCCACACUCCUUGCCCCCAGCAUCAUUCCGCCGUCCUCGGACCCUCCUGGGCCAGCAGCCCGGGCGCCACUGUGAAUAUUCUCCUCUGAACCACUAGAGGGCCGGUAAUGGCCCCCAAGGAGCAGGCGGGCAGGACAGAGGCCAGCUCCGCCUUGCUGGACACUGGCCCGGCCCUCGGCAGGACGCACAGCAGCUUCUGUGGACUCAUACUCCGCUCGCCCGAGCCC